AUGUCGCAAAAUAAAGCCGCACGAGGCGGCGCUGCGACAAAAGGGAAAAAGGCAAGCAAACCAGGAGCUGAAGACAAGAGAGAAGACGUUCUUCAAGCGGUGCUCAUAGCAGAUUCAUUCCAGACCCGGUUCCUCCCAUUCUCUGUAGAGAGACCAAGAUGUCUGCUCCCACUUGCCAAUACACCUCUCAUCGAGUACACCCUCGAGUUCCUCGCCAUGAACGGCGUGCAGGAAGUCUUCAUAUACUGUGGAGCCCAUCAUGAUCAGAUCGAGCGAUACGUCCACGACUCGAGGUGGUCCCCUAACUCAAGAUCCUGUCCGUUCUCUACCCUUGAAUUUAUCCGUGUUGCCGAUGCUAGGUCUAUCGGCGAUUUUCUUCGAGAUCUAGACAAGCGCAACAUCAUUGGAGGGGACUUUGUACUGGUACAUGGGGAUCUUGUUUCCAAUAUUUCUCUUGAUGCAGCUUUGGAGGCGCACAGGGCUCGCCGAGAAGCGAAUCGAGACUCGUGUAUGACUCUGGUGCUGCGAGAGGCUGGUGAAGGGGAGCACAAUACUAAGACCAAGGGACUAACGCCGGCAUUUAUAAUCGACCCGAACGCUAAGCGAUGCUUACACUACGAAGAAAUACAUCCCUUACAAACUGAUCGCUACGUCACCCUCGAUCCUACCAUACUUGAGAACCGCGAAGCAGAAGCCCGGACAGACCUAAUUGAUGCCGAGAUUGACAUAUGUACACCGGAUGUGCUCGCCUUAUGGUCCGAAAGUUUCGACUACGAACUCCCCCGGGCCAACUUUCUCCAUGGCGUACUGAAGGACUGGGAGUUGAACGGGAAGAUGAUUCACACAGAAAUUGUUAAUGAGGGCUACAGCGCGCGUGCCAGGAACCUUCAGAUGUAUGAUGCGAUUAGUCGGGACAUAUUGAGUGGCUGGACCUAUCCAUUCACACCUGAAUGCAAUCUCCUACCAGGUCACUCCUACCAGCCACAAGGCGAUAAUGUGUAUCAGGAGGAUGAUGUCGAAAUUGAUUCUGAAAGCGAAGUAUUCGACUCAGUCCUCGGAAAGGAGACUCAUGUUGGGUCCGGGAGCGUUAUACAAAACAGCAUCAUUGGACGAAACUGCAAAAUUGGUAGCAACGUCCGAAUUACCAACAGCUUCAUAUGGGAUGAUACUACAGUUAAUGAUGGGGCCGAAGUGGAGCAUGCAAUUAUAGCUGAGAGAGGAGUGUUAGGUAAGAAAGCCUUCGUCCAUGAAGGUGCGCUGAUAUCGUUUGGAGUUCACUUGGGUGAUGGUACGGACGUCAAGCCUGCUACGAUGUUAUCCCUUCUUUCUCCUGGUGGACAGCUCGUAUCAGCACAGCCCGAAUUCGUCGGUUCUGGUGGCAAGGGAGCACUCUUUGAAGAUUUUGAAGAUGACGAGACGGACCUUGAUGACCCAUCGAGAUUGCAAAAAUCACUUAUAUACUCUCUCGAAGAUCUUGACCUCUCUGAUUCCUCUGUCUCGACACUUGCGGAUGACGAUGAUUUGUCUGACGACGAGUCGGGUCCGUUAUCGCCCAGUGCUAGUCACCGCACCUCGAGAUCCCGACUUUCCUCCUUCGCUUCCGAUGAUUCAGGAGGCCCGUCAUUUUCCUCUUUUCACUCGGACGCUGUUCAUGGGCUUCUGGAUGUUCUCCGUGGGAUAUCGGGCAACUUUGAAUCGGAGAAACUUGAGUUCAUGUCACUACGACUUGCCAACAACGCGUCUGAUGCGGCUAUGAGGAAGGCGGUUGCGACGGCCUUCGUUCGUCGCGCGGUCGAGCUUAUAAAUUCCGAGAAUGACGCUUUAGAACCAUCAAAAGCUGCUAAGCAGGUACUUACUUCACGAGAGGGUGCUACAAGCUUUGUCUCGGAGGUUGGCGUUGGUGAUCACUCCGUAUCAGAACAAGUCGAAUUCGCGCUGGCGGUGCAGAAAGCAUGCGUAAGUAGUUCCAGAUUUGUUGAAGUUGCCAAAACUGGCAACCUCCUUGCUGCUAUGUUGCAGCAGAUGUACGAUCUUGAUAUCCUCGAAGAAGAGGGUAUUCUAGGUUGGUGGGAAGACGAUAGGGGUAAGGAGGAUGGGUUGAUGUCGGAGGUACGAGGAAAAUGUCAGGCACUAGUUGAGUGGCUUGAAAACGCCGACGAGGAAAGCGAGGAGGAUGACGACGACGACGACGACGACGACGAGUGA